GGACCACAAUCUUUUUUUCUUGAUCUUUUCACACACCCCCCUCAAGUGACUGCCCAACGGGGUUUGCUAAGUAUCAUCGUGAAGCCAUUUUAAUUAUUUUGCAGUGCUUCCCUGUUUCAACAAACACUGAUUUUUCAAACUGACUCGCAGCAGAAGGGCUCGGAUGUGUUGUGAGGCGUUGGUAGCGGAUGGUCGAGAGUAAUGCUCCGAUCAUGGAGACCGCUUUCGAUCGCGGUCGGGCUCUUCGAGGGCACGGCUGCAUUUCCUUCGCACAGGACGGGACCCCGUUCCUCGCCCGAAGACCCACAUGAGAGCGUGCUCUCAAGCGGAGGGGCGUCCUCAAGUUUUUCCAGCAUCGAAGCGGGACGAGCGCCACCGCUCGCGUCCGCACCCGGGGGGCUGCCUCGUGAUGGCGAACAGAACCAAGCUCCUGGUCCCGCAGCUAAUGCCAGAACAACCCACGACGUCACUACCAGUGCGUCUGCAGCAUCAAUAGUACCGGCGGCCCAGGCCGUGUCGUCGAGUUCGAGUCGCGCGCUUUCGCGACCUGCUUCAACGGGGAUAACGCCCGCGGUGGAGAACAAGGACGUAGAAUGGGAGACAGUGUAUCUCAAGCGGACGCCAGACGCAGCGGGCCGGAGUCUACAAGGUUCCAAUUCCGAGCAGGCCGCGCGCGUUUGGGUGAUUCGAAACGCGGCACCGAUGCCUGUUGGUAAGUACUACAUCUCAACACGAGAGCGCGGUUUGAAAUUCGUUUUCAUUUCAAGUAUGGCAAAUUUUACUUUGAUGAUGAAGUUGAAUUCGCUUGUUCAUUACGCGAAUUAUACACCACGUACUUCAUCAGGGUGGCGCGUAUCCGAGUUCGCAUUUUACGAGGACGAGGGAUGCACGCGCGAGAUCGAAUUGCAGACCCUGCGAAAUGGCCCGGUUGCGACGAUGGGACAAACGGCCCCUCCGCGCUCCGAUAACCCCGACUGCUCCUACACCGGAAGCCACGGACCAGCAAAAGCGACCGGUACGAAAUUUUUCGUUGGAAUUCACAGUUUUCGAAUGAUUGUAGUUCAUCUGCGAACAUUAUUUGAAUAUCAAUAUAUUUUCAUAGUGACACGCUGCGCGGCACUUGCGCUCGAUGUCAGUUUUACUCCAUGCGGACCCAUCUGGAGACAAAAUUGAUCAAUCACCACAGACGGCUUCGAGAACACGUUUUGGAUAUCGCCCUGCUGUCCAUGUGCCGAGCUAGAGGCGCAUGUUGGAGCAGAUUUUGGUACGCCGCAAGUGGUUAUGUGUGCGCGAAUCGUGCAGGCUAAGUACUACGCCUGCCCGUCAAUAACACUUUCCAAAGAGGGCACAACCAUCGGCGUGAAGGGAAAUCUGUGGGUAAGUACUGUGAAGAUUUUGCGUAUGUUCAAUGAUGCGACUUUGAUACUCUGUCUUCUUUCGCAGACGAAAUGAGAGUCCUUCUGUCGGGUGUAGAGCUGCGAAACUAAGUACUUCCUUCAUGCCUUAGUUUCUCCACGGCUUUUCAUUCGUGAUCACCAUGUCUUCCACGGCUAGAGAUGGUCCUUUGCAAAUCAACAGGUUGACCUCGCAACGUGGAAUGACCUGCUUCCGGGUGUGAGUAUCGAGGUAUCGGGUAUCAACAGCGGACCGACUUCGAUUACGUACGAACGGCACGACGGGAAGCAGUGCUACGGCUUCGCGUUUGGGCAGGAGUACACUGAUUUGCAGUACGCCCGGAAUGCGUGCGUGUCCAACCCGAACUGCGGUGCCGUCUACGAACAGUCUUGCUCCAAUCUCGAAUACGAAGUCACCAUUACCAACCAAAACGACCUCGACUCCUUUAGUGGGGCAAUGGUGGAGAUCGUCACGCCACCCGAACGCCCCGGAGAAACCAGUCCCCCGCCGGAACGCAAGGUAUAGCUAAGUUUAUCAUGAUGCUUUGGGUGAUGUGUGCUUCUGAUAAGAGAUUGCGCGAUCGAGAUCCGAAUCUUGUUGUAACUACAUGCAGUGUGGUCGACAGGACUCACAGUCAACGACCCAAUAGAGUUCACUCGUUUAAUGAAUCAGGUUGGCAUCCAGGCUGUAAUUGGCACCACGGUAUUGCUAAAGGACUCGAAGCCCAUCUUCCCGACGCCGGUGCCAACACCCGCAACUUCGUGCAAUGUAAAGCCGGCGACCUGCACAAGUGCCGUAUGUUGUCUCUACGUUUAUCCAUACAAGAUUCUGAUGAGCGUAAAGCCCCAGUACGGCGCAAUCCGAACGUGCGUACGAGGGUACCAACCCACACAAUCCCUGGAGGGAAGCUGUUUGUGGGUGAAGGUCGGCGCUCUGCUGCAAUUCACGGUACUUAACGUCUGCUUAUCUUUUUCGCUGAACAGAGUUUCCGUCAAAACAAGAAACCGUCUGUGAUUUUUGAGGCUACUUCUUACCACAUUUGAAGACUUGCCAAGUUGUGCACAUAGUGUUUCCCUCCUCCGGGGAAAUAUCAGCCGAUAGCUGUUCAUAUUGUGCUUCGAUUUUAUUAUUUCGCACGACGGCAAACCGCCUGCUCCUGCAGAAUACAAAAAGUCUUCUUCCGGACGAUCUUCACAGGCAUUUAGCAACUUCGCUGCGGCGGACCAGUACAUCCUGCCUCAAGGGGCAAUCUACGCGGCGGAACCCGCCAAAUGCGCCGAGAUGUGUCUAGCGCACACGCAGUGCAACGCUUUUGCGUACACGAUUCGCGAGAACGGCAACCCGCCUACCCUGAUAAGUUGCCGCCUACUCAAGAUGCCUCCGCGAGACCAGUUUACGCCCCCCAUGGGCCUGAUUCCACAGGACGGAGUGCUCGACGUGGUCGACUUUUAUCAUCGGCGGCCGGACCAUAUCCCGUAGAAAAAGACAGGCAGGGCAUAUUUGUAUGUAGUGCGAAAAUUGAUAAAUAACAGAUGAUUCUGUGAUGGCCGAGCCCAUAGAAUGCUGCUCAGGAGAUGCAGUGCGGUUUUUUCUUGUCGGUGUCUAGUUUUUUUUGCAUUUACCAGAAUGAACUGCCUGUCUUUUUCUGGGGGAUAAAGCAAAACGCUACCAUGUCUACGACGGAGGAAACGACGACGGUGCAGGCCGGCGCGAUAAAGACCAGCAGCGCGCCUGGCCUCUACUGGCUAUUCAGUCUCAUAUCCAUGUACCUUGGUGCGAGUUUUUUUCUGCUACCUGGCUAG